GUCAGUUUAUUGUUUAUUUAAAUGCAGUGCAGGCAGUUUGUUUACUAUUUAUGCUGUUGAUAAUUUACAAUUUUGUUUGAUUGACUGAAAACAAAAAUAAAAUAAAAAGAAUUCUGUUCAAUACUUGUCGAUCAGUCAAGAAUAUGGCUGAGCAAUUCCACGAAAAUAGUUGUCGCGUCUGUAUAUGCAGUGAUAAAGUGCAAAACAACGAAGGCAUAUCUCUCUUUGAAAAAUACAAAGAUUUGUUAAUUUCCGAUUAUAUAAAUUCCUUAACUAAUGUAGAAAUAAAGAGGAACGAUGGACUGCCUCAGAAAAUAUGCUCGGACUGUUUCCUUGAACUUGAGAUGGCUGUAAACUUUAAACAAAAAUGUCAAACAUCCAAUUCAAUUUUGCAUGGAAAAAAACAGUUGGACGACUAUGAUGUUAAAUUAGAAAUUAAUACCAGUGACAUAAAAAUAGAAGAUCAGAAUGAAGUUCUUAUAGAAGAGGAAUAUGUAGAAGAUGAGUAUGAUAAUCAGGAUGAGUCAAAAGAUCUCAUAGAAGAAUUCUUAGAAAAUGAUGAUAUUAAUGACAGUACAAUCAUUAGCAUAGAAAGGCCAAGUCGUGCAAUAGAUUCAAAAUUAAUAUGUGAUGAUUGCGGUGGUACUUUCCCAAGCAAGUGUAAACUACGCGUCCAUUGGAAGAAAGUGCAUUUGUAUGAAAAAUUGAUUUGUCCAAUUUGUAAACAGGCAUUCAAGAGCUACAAAGCAUAUCACCAUCACCUCAAGAGGAAAUCCUGUGUGCAGAUGAAAAAUGUGAAUAUACAAGGUAUAGGUAAAUCAAGACUUUUCCUCUGUAGAAAUUGUCCACAAACUUCAAAAAGAAUGAAGACUAUGGAAAUCCAUUUACGUAUCCACACUGGUGAAAAACCAUACAAGUGUUCAUUAUGUCCUUUGCAGUAUUCUCAAAUUGCUUCCCUGCAUUCUCACAUGGAAAGUGCUCAUGGUAAGAUCAAGGUAGAAAUCACAUGUCAGUAUUGUGGUAAAAUUGUGAAGGGACGUUCUAAAGCAUCUAAACAUUUACAGAGGCAUAAAAAAGUCGAAGUCCAAUGUGAUAUAUGCAAGAAGUUUUUCAAAUCCAAAUCGACUUUGCAAAAUCAUAUGGUUCGACAUACCGGCGUUAAAUCAUUUGCAUGUGAGAAAUGUGCUCAAACAUAUUACACCAUAUCUGAACUAAUCACACAUAAAAACAGAAAGCACAACAAAUUGGAACCCCGGUACAAAUGUUUUUUAUGCGACUAUAAAUGUAUGAAAUACACAAAAUUAAAAAUUCAUGAAGCAAAACAUAAUGGAAGCAAUGUGUGUUGCAAAAUUUGUGGUAUAUUUUUUGACACAGAUGCAAAAUUGGCAAAACAUGUACCUCGACAUUUAGAAUCGGAGAAGAAAAAUCAAUGUCCGCAUUGUGAUAAAAAGUUCUACAAAAAGGACUCGGUUCGUACACACAUUAAAGCCAAGCACAAGCAUAUUUUUAAAAAAGAAUGUGAUGAACAAAACUGAUGAGCGUCACAUCUGCGUUGACACAACGUGGGGAGGAGCAGUGACUACACAAUAUAUUUCUGUAAAAUAUUUGUCAAUAUGUUCAAUUUAUGAGUUUGUAAAUCCUUAACGAGUCUCCUGUCUGAUAUUUUCUAUACUUUUCUCUAUUGUAUUUUUAAUAAAAAUAAUAUAUAAUGAUCAAAGUCAAAUUUAUUCAGAAUUAGAACUUUUCUAGAAUUUAGAACUAGAAUUUCGUAUAUAUAAAACCUACAAAUCUAUACACAACACUCAGCCUAUAUUUUCAAAUGGUGAGUCAAGUCGUCGCCAGUCGUUUGUUUUUGCCACAUAUAUACAAUACAUAGAGUGUGUAUGUGUUACUGAGAUUAGCUAAAUAAAUAUGCACUGUAAUAAUA